UUUAACUUUAUAAAUACCAAAUUCAUUGGCCACAUUGCUUUUUAUUUUCUGAUAUCUUCUUCCUGUUCAAAUAAAAGAAGAGAGAAAGGGAAAAAACAUCAAGAGCUAGCUCAAACAUCUCUCUUCUGUUGUAUCCUUAAUUAUAUUCUCCUUUUGUUUCUUCACCAAAGCUACAAGCUAUGGCUUUUCAAAAUCAAUCCAUGUCAGAUUCUCCACAAAGAAAGAUAGGAAGGGGAAAGAUUGAGAUCAAAAGGAUCGAAAACACGACGAAUCGCCAAGUAACUUUCUGCAAACGAAGAAAUGGCUUACUCAAAAAAGCUUAUGAAUUAUCUGUUCUUUGUGAUGCAGAAGUUGCUCUAAUAGUCUUCUCUAGCCGUGGACGCCUCUAUGAAUAUGCUAAUAACAGUGUGAAAGCAACUAUUGAAAGGUACAAAAAAGCAUGUUCAGAUUCAUCUGGUGCUGGAUCUGCUUCUGAGGCUAAUGCUCAGUUUUACCAGCAAGAAGCAGACAAAUUGCGUGUGCAAAUCAGUAACCUGCAGAAUAACAACAGGCAAAUGAUGGGUGAAUCUUUGGGCUCUAUGAAUGCCAAGGAACUGAAAAACUUGGAGUCUAAGUUAGAAAAAGGAAUAAGUAGGAUUCGUUCCAAAAAGAACGAGCUGUUAUUUGCUGAAAUUGAAUACAUGCAGAAAAGGGAGAUAGACUUGCACAAUAACAACCAACUUCUGAGAGCAAAGAUAGCUGAAAGUGAGAGGAACCAUCAUAAUCUAAAUAUUAAUAUGAGUAUGUUACCUGGAGGCACAAACUAUGAAUCAAUGCAGUCUCAUGCUCAGCAGCAGCAAUAUGAUUCUCGUGGAUACUUUCAAGUGUCUGGAUUACAAUCAAGUAGUCAGUAUGGAAGACAAGACCACAUGUCCCUUCAAUUAGUUUGAUAUGUUUGCGCUUGAGUGAAGUUGUAAGAGUUAUAGUUUGCUUCCUAGUAUAUGAUGAUGAUAAUGUUGAAAGCAAAUGAAUGCCAAGAAUAAUAUAUAGAAGCAGAAUUGAGCUGGGUUUGUAAGUAUUCCCUAGUACUAUUUAGUUGCUUUGUCGACAUCUUAAGACUAUAUAAUUAAUGUAUCUAUUAUUAUAAAAUGCUCUCUCUUGAUGUGUCCUAAGAUUAUGGAGAAGACACAUGGACAUGUUUGCCAACUUUUGUUGACUCUCUUUAUUCUAAUCUCUCAUGUUUAAAAUUUUAUUUCCAAACAAA